AUGGACCAGGAACGAGACCUUUACAUGCUCAUGCUCCGCCGGAUGAUGCUGAUCCGCGAGUUCGAGGAGAACGUCAAGCAGCUCGUCCAGCGCGGCGAGCUCGUGGGCAUGGCCCACUGCUACAUUGGUGAGGAAGCCGUAGCCGUCGGAGCCUGUGCCGCUCUGCGGGACGACGACUAUAUCACAGGCAACCACCGCUCUCACGGCCACCCCAUAUCCAAGGGCGGCGAUGUCCGGCGUGCCAUGGCCGAGCUUCUCGGCAAGGCCACUGGAUACUGCAAAGGCAAGGGCGGCUCAAUGCACCUUGCCGACUUUGAUAUUGGAAUUCUCGGCGAGUCCGGCAUCGUCGCUUCCGCCCUUCCGGUCGCCGUCGGCGCGGCUAUGGGCAGCAAGAUGCAGGGCAACGACCGUGUUGUCGUCGCCUUCUUCGGCGACGGCGCCAGCAACCAGGGCGCGUGUCACGAGGCUAUGAACCUGGCCUCCAUCUGGAAGCUGCCCGUCAUCUUCCUCUGCGAGAACAACCAGUACGCCGUGACCACCAGUUUCAAAGAUUCCGUCGCGGACGCGAUGGCCAUGUAUGAGGUCACCACCGAAGCCGUCAGAAGGGCACGCGCCGGCGAGGGCCCGACACUCAUCGAGGCCCGCACCUACCGGUACGAAGACCACUCUGAGGGCUUGGUCCGCAUCCUGCGCGAGUCUUACCGGUCGGAAGAAGAGGUCGCGGCGUGGCGAGAGCGCGACCCCAUCGAUGUCCACUCUCAGUGGCUCGUCGAACAGGAGAUAGCCUCGCAGGAAGAGAUCGAAGAGGUCCGCCACGACGUGGCGGAGACGAUCGCCGAAGCUCUCCAGUUCGCACGCGAGAGCCCGUACCCCGAGAUAGACGACCUUCUAACCGACAUGUACGCCGACCCCCUGCCUGUGUACAACUAG